AUGAGGAACAGUGCAGGUAGAGCAGGGGCAUUGGCACACUCAUUGUCAUUAUCCCAUGUGGCUAUCUGCCAAGUUCCUGUGAAGAUUACAUGGGACUCAAGGGAUGAUGGGGCAAGUGUGCACAUGCACUUUGUGGAUAGCGGAAGGAUGGAUUUCAAGCUGAUAUCAACUAUUUCGAGGGGGGGAGGGGCAAAGCUGUGCUAUUUGUAG